CAGCAUGGUCUACAACGGAGACGAAGUCUCAGCGCUUGUCGUCGAUUUCGGAACUCAUACCACACGCGCUGGCUAUGCUGGUGAAGAUUGUCCCCGUGUUGUGUGUUCAUCAUACUAUGGAUACACCGAGAGCUCCACAUCGACCACCACGAACGGAAAUGGAGAUGCUCAUGUACCAGUGGACGGUGAUGGUGAUGUGUCCAUGAAUGGGAAUGGCGAAACAGGGGUGGAAUCAGGCGGUAGCAAGGGCAAGAGAAAGUAUUAUGUAGGGGAUGAUGGGGUCAACGUUUGGAGAGCGGGGAUGGAAGUGGACAGUUUUAUGGAAGAUGGCAUGGUCCGUGAUCUUGAACCAGCAUCUGCUCUCCUACACCAUAUCUUACACAAUCGUCUUGGGGUUGACCCGACCGAACAUCCCCUCAUGCUCACUGAACCCGCUUGGAACACUCCUCAAUCUAGAGAAAUGCUCGCUCAGAUGGUGUUUGAAGGCGAACAAAUGCCCGCUAUGUAUUUUGGUUCAUCAGGAGUAUUGUCGGCGUUUGCAGCUGGAAGACCAACAGCUUUAGUUUUGGAUGUCGGUCACGCGACGAGCAGCGCUGUACCGGUUGUUGAUGGAUACGCUCUUCGUGCUGGUACAAUGCGACAACCUCUCGCCGGUGAACUUCUCCUUUCCCAGAUCCGAGGUCAUUUUGCAGCACCUUCCUUGACACGAACUUUCGCUCUCUCACUCACCCCACGACAUCUAAUCGCCAAGCGUGAUCCUUGUGAUCCAGGUAUACAACCCCGUCCGCUUCUCCGAGACGACAGAGCAUUACACACCACCCCAUCAUGGCGUGCUUGGGCGGAGAACCAAGUGGUAGAACAAUGGCUUGGAGCUUGUGGAGAAAUGAUCAAUAACAAAGGUUUUGAUUUCCAAACUGCCAGAGAACUGCCUCAACAAUUGUACGAAUUCCCAGAUGGCUACAGUCAAAUGUUUGGAGAAGAAAGAUAUCGAUUCACGGAACUGCUCUCCGAUCCGAAAAAUUAUUUCAACCAAAUGAUCGAACCACCAGCUUCGUUGAGAGUUACUCCAACGGGAAUCCAUUCCCAUUCGGUGAAAGAUGCUGUUUCGCUCUCUCAAUUGGUACAUGAUUCUAUCAUGGCGUGUGAUGUGGAUGUGCGGGCGCCAUUAUUGCAGAAUAUCGUGGUGGUGGGAAAUACGAGUUUGAUAAAGGGUUUGACGGAAAGGUUAGAUGUGGAAUUGGCUGCUUUGCUUCCUAGUCAAAAAAUCAAGAUCCACUCCCCCGCAAUCCCCUUCGAACGAAAAUACGCUCCAUGGGUCGGCGGAUCUGUACUCGCAUCGUUGGGCACAUUCCACCAACUCUGGGUCACCAAAGAUGAAUGGCAGGAACAUGGCAUGGCCAUCAUAAACCAACGGUGCAAGUAA